GUUUAAUCCAAAUUCUGAUUUCAGUAAUCCAUACUCAAUUUGGCCUGUAUUCAUUGCUAUAUACAAUUUGCCUCCUGAACUUUGCAUGAAAGAGCCAUAUAUAUUUAUGGCUAUGUUGAUACCUGGUCCCCGAUCCCCAGGAAGGAACAUCGAUGUAUAUUUGAGACCACUUAUUGAUGAGUUAAACAUGUUGUGGAAUGUUGGAGUUGAAACAUGGGAUGCUCAUCGAAAGCAAAAUUUCAUGUUGAGGGCAUGCCUUUUAUGGACAAUUAGUGACUCUCCAGCAUAUGGAAUGCUGUCGGGAUGGAGCACACAUGGUCGAUUAGCUUGUCCUUAUUGUUUGGGAGAUGGAAUUGGCCACCAACCUAUCUUGGCAUGGUUGGUCAACGGAUCAUUAUGCUGAGAAAAAGGUUAUGUCUUCAAGGGCUUCUGCUCGCGGUGGUGGUCGGCCAAUUCGUGGUCGUGGAAAUAAUGCUCCCAUUGUUGGUACAAGAAGAACCCAAAACUUGUCGGGGGAAUAUAUAAGUAGCCACAAUGUUCAUCAAUCACCCAGCACCCUCCCAUCAAAUGCAAGUGGCUCUUUUGCUUUUAGGACAAGGGAUGAACCAUUUACGCAGCCCAGUGGGACACAACAAAGUUUCCCACACACACAGCUCUCAUCAAAUGGAAGUGACUCUUUUGCUUUUUGGACCAGGGACGAACCAUUUACGCAGCCUAGUGGGACACAACAAAGUGUCCCACACACACAGCUCCCAUCAAAUGGAAGUGGGUCUUUUGCUUUUAGGACCAGGGACGAACCAUUUACGCAGUCCAGUGGGACACAACAAAGUGUCCCACACACACAGCCCCGCGAUCACAUUGUACUCGGCGAUCUCAAAGUGAAUGAUAAAGUGAGAAAGUCUUUGGAAACUAUUGCCACAAAGUUGUUUACCGGAUGGCCACCCAACUAUGGGAAUUUAGAACCUGCGGCUCGCGAAAACUACAUUAAUCAAUUCUCGAAAGAAUAUACGUGGGCACCGUCAGAUAAUGGGCUAAUGAUUUCCAAACUUCAUUCAAAGUUUUCUACUCGUUAUACGGCACGCUUGUCAAAUAUCAGACAAAAUGUUCAAGAAAAAAUUCCAGAUUUUCUUGAUAACCAAGAUUAUACUAGAUUCAUUCUCUUCCGACCAGAGUUUGUAACCCCUCAGACAUGGGUUGAUUUAUGCAACUAUUGGAACACUGAUGAAUGGAAGAAGAAGUCUGGAAUUGCAAAGCGUAAUCGUGUUGGAAACCUUGGUGAUGGAGAAGUUACUGCUAAGACAAAAGGAAGAAAGUCGAAAGAGGAUUUCUAUUCUGAACUCGCAUUAGAACUUGGCCGAAUUCCCACGAUGGAGGACUUUGGUGAUAAGUGGUGUAAAAUUGACCCUACAACAAACCAACCACAUCAAACAACCUUUGCUCGUUACUUGGCGGUAUAUCGUCAACGCAUGAAAGAAAAGUAUGGACCAGAUCGGGCACAACAUCCGACAUUUGACUAUGAGAUAUGGAUUGAGAUUACUGGUCCUCCAAAAAAGGGACGAUUAGUUGGCGUACCAGAACAAUUAUCUCAUCCUCAUUUGUUUCAACCAUCUAAAGUAGAGGAGGAUCGAUAUGUGGUGUUAGAGCGCCAAUUUGCUGAGAUGAAGACUCAAAUGGAGAUGAUGCAAGUUGGAAUGACAGAUCUCAAGGCAACUAAUCAAAAACUGACGGAGGAAAAUCUAGAGAUCAAAACCCAUUUCAAAUCUACCAUAAGCAAUAUUUGGGGUGUUCUAAUGAAUAUGGGCAUUUCUACUUCAAACACGAUCCCAUUUAAUUUUGUUGGGGGAGGAGGGUAUUCAUCUCAACAACACCCACCAUCUAUGUUUGGGCAGCCUACACAACCUCACCAGCCGUUACCAUUCAGACAUCAACAACCUGCAUCCUUCAGCCAACUUAUUCAGAUGAACUACGCCCAAGCACAACAUGAAACAUUGGGGGAUCAACCUUCACAGUUUGGUAUCACUGGUCUGACACAACCUGCAUCAUCUGAACGGCGUUCAAGAGCGCCUCCCGUCCAUGAAAAUCAACCUUCCCUUGCACCACCUAUUCUUCCAAUGCGACGUACUCGUGAGAGCUCAUCUAGCGAUAAUUCCG